AUGGAAGAUUUCAGAGUCACAUGCAGUACUGUUGAAACUGGCACACCUGUAAAAUCCAAUGAGUCCAAAGAACAUGGAGGGCUUGGAAAAUUUGAUAUUGAAUAUCACUAUGAAAAGAAAAGGGCAAAACUACCCUUUGGAAGGGUUUCUAAAACUGUUCGGCGUGAAUUUAAACCUAAAUACCAUCCUGAAGAUGUUAAUGUUGAUGAUGGUGUCUCUGCUGAAGAAGCAUCAGAGGAUGCUGGACUACCAUGGUUUGAAAGGUCAAAUACACUUUGUGAUGAGAAACCUACUACUGUUGGUUUGGAUGUUUACAGUAGGAUAGGAUCAAGGACUAGCAGAACUGCAAGCAGACAUGGAACUUUGCAUCAUUCUAGACAGCUAGUGCUAAGUAAAAGUAGAGAAGAGCUGAUCCAUCCAAGCAAACUCAGAUCCAAAUCAAGAAACCAGGACAACAAAAGAAAAAUUAAACAUGAAAAGACUGAAACUGUGCAGGAGCAUAUAUUUCAGUUGAAAAGGAAGCAAGCUUCGUGGGACAAUCUCACACAUUGUGCCAGUGAUGAAAGAAUUCGGAAGAUGAGGAAAAGCAGUGAAUGUUUUCCAGCUGGUCCUGAUAGUAGUGUAUACUUAACUUACAUGAACCCUGUGUCCAGCAGUAGCAGUCUCCAUCCCACUUCCUGGCAUGCACCAGAUGGGGAUCUCUCACUCCAUGAAGCCUUUGGGACGCAAUAUGCUUCAACGCCAGUUUCACUACUUGGCCGCGAAACAAGAACAAACAGCAAGCCAUCAUUUUCCUUCCCGGAUGACUAUUUACAAUCAGAAACUGCCUCAGUUGCACCAUUGCAAGUUUUCAAUCAAGCCCUCAUGUGGCAAGCAGAAGAUAUCCAACAAGUCCCCCAGACACCCAAAGAUAAUGAGACUCUUGGGACAUUCUCCCUCCAGAGUACUUGACAGAUAUUAUUAAAAUACUAUAAUAUGGCCAAUGUUUGGUACAUCAAACUGGCGUCUCCAGUUUCUUGGAAUGAACAUUAUUUGCUGUUGACAUCUGUUGUAAUGUAUUAAGGAGAUAGUUGUUAAAAAGAUGGCUUUCUAAAGAAAACUGUUUGAGAUAUUAAAUGCAUUUUGGAUUGCUGGCAAACAUUUGUUGAAAAAGUUAGGAUAGUUGGUAUUGUAUCUCGGUGUACUGUUUCUCAUAUUUUCAUGUUGGCCAAAUGCUUUAGCAAGACAAAAUUUAUGUAUUGGGAAAAUUAUACCCCGGUGCAAGAUAGGAUAAAGUAAAAUACUGUUAUAGGCAGAAACACAAAAAAGAAGUGGGCCCUUUACAGAUGUGUUAUAAUUCUUUUAUUAUACUUAGAAUGCUGCAUAAUAAUGUUUAAAUAGAAACUUAAAUGUAUUACAUCCUUGUUGAAUAUUCUACUUAGAAUGUUUUUAUUACUUUGAAAACAAUCAUUUCAACAUUUAUUGCUAUGUUCAAUUUUGUGACUGAGUAUUUUUGUAAGCAGAAGUCUAAUUAAUAUAAACAAUUGUUAUUAAGUUUUAAUAGAAACUAUGUUUAUAGAUUUUUGCUUUUUUUUCAGAUGUUUUAAAUGAUUGGAAAAUCAGUUUUCUAAAUGUACAAUUUUACUUGUAUUGUUAAAGAUUUUUUUUUUGUAUUAUAAAUCAAUUAAAAAUUAUUUGUCAUAGCCAACUAGACUUCUUGAUUUUUUUGAAAAUAUUUUUUUAUUCCCCAAAACAGAAAUGUAAAACAUAAUCACAUUGAAUGAUGACUUCCUAUAUGAUUUAUUACGUGUAAUAGGUCAUGAUUUUUACAUGAUUUAUAACACCUUACAGCUGCUGCUCAUCAGAAGCACGAGGUUCAAAUGGCAAUAUCGUACAAAUGGAAAAGCACAAUGUAUAUAGUUCUAGUUCUAGUCAGCAUAAUAAUGUUAUCACAAAUGAAGCUCAUAAUGAAAGUUGUUUAUUAACAAAGAGAAAUAUCUAGAAUAUAAUGGGCCUGAAAUGUCUAAAUAAAUUGGCUUUGGUUAAGU